UGUACAAAGUCAAAGCCUUUAUUAUGUAAUUUUCUUUUCACUAUAUUUUUGCAAGCCUAACACAUUUAUUUCUUCGUUUAGCAAGACUCUCUCUCUUUUGGUUUUUUUCAGCCAUUUCAUCGAACGGUUGGGCUGCCAUACUUGAAACCUCGACGAAUUGAGGCCUAGCUUAAAAUAAAAAUGAACAAUAACUCAUCAAGCUGUGAGCAAAAGCUUCAACCCCGGAAGUUGGAGAUAUCAGACAAGAGCAAAGGUUUUGUGGAGUUAUUGCAACAAUUAACCAUUUGUGAUUCUGUAUCAGAUGAGGAAUUUGAGAAGCGAUUCCAAGAGAUAAGCACAUAUGGCGAUGACCAUCUUAUUUGUGUAGUUGAAGAUGAUCAUACCGGAAAGAUUAUUGCCACCGGGAGCGUGUUUAUUGAAAAGAAGUUCAUAAGGAAUUGUGGCAAAGUUGGGCACAUUGAAGAUAUUGUGGUUGAUUCAAAUGCUCGGGGCCGACAUCUGGGGAAGAAAAUUGUUGAGUUCUUGACAGAUCAUGCUCAUUCAGUGGGUUGCUAUAAGGUGAUUCUUGAUUGCAGCAUUGAGAACAAACCAUUUUAUGAGAAGUGUGGAUUCAAGCAGAAAGAAAUUCAGAUGGUGAAGUAUUUUAAUUGAGAAUUGUACCAUGCCCUUUCACCAUAUAUUUGAAUGAUUUACUUUAAAAGAACUCUUGAGUUCUGUACUCCUAUCUUGAAUUUUGUCAUCUUCAUCAUCAAUAAUAUGAUUGCCCUUGAAUUUGUUAA